UACAUCAAACUAAUAGCGGUGCUUCUCCUUUUUCCCUCUUUCUCCUGCAUAAAUUAUUCCUGGUUUCCUCUCUCUCUCUGUGGAGCGCUUUUCUCGGCACUCUUUGAAGAUCCUGCCACCUCACUGUCCCCAAUUUCUCUCUCUCUCUAGAACAGACGUAGUGUCGGACACGGUCGAGAAAUCGGGAUAGAGAGGGGACGGAGAAGUAAAGAUUCGUUCUUGACGAGGAGAAACAACAGGGAACAAAGAGGAGCGCUUUGGUGGCAUAUGGGGGUAAUGAUGGUGGCUCACGAGGAGAGUUUACUGAGCUGGGAAGAGGCUUUCGAUCCUCCGGCUCCUCUACUUUACUAAAAACCUCGCCUUUGAAGAAAAAAAGAAGGGAUUUUUUAAGGAGGGAAAAGAGGCCGAGCGAGAGAGAUGGGAAUGGGGAUGGGAGCUCCUCAUUCUUAAAUGCCUCUCCUUUCUGAAGAAGGGAGUCAAUAUAAGGUUGAAAUAAAGGGAAAACAAGAUGGUGGAGCAGCGGUUCUUCUUCAACAAGGAUGCACUCGUCAUAAAGGGACCAAAGAAAUCGCAUGCUUUGAGGAUGUUUAUGUUAGCUGCUGUGAUGAUAUGUGGUGUCUAUAUUUGCUCAGUAUGUUUAACGCAACUGGGGAUACAAAGCAGACCCAGAAAAUUGAAGAUGGAGAUAAUGGAAGCACCUUGCAAAAAUCCUGCCAUUCCAUAUUAUGAAAUCCCAUAUGUGCAUUAUCCAGAACCCAAUACUUAUAGCAGGGAUGAAUGUGCAUGUACACCAGUUCGGUUUUUUUCUAUUGUGUCCAUGCAGAGAUCUGGAAGCGGAUGGUUUGAGACUCUUUUGAAUAGCCAUGUUAACAUUAGUUCUAACGGGGAGAUUUUCUCUUCCAAAGAAAGGAGAGGCAACAUAUCGGCAAUCAUAAGAGCAUUGGACAAAGUUUACAAUCUGGAUUGGUACAGCAGUGCUGCAAAAAAUGAUUGUACAGCUGCUGUUGGUUUGAAGUGGAUGCUUAAUCAGGGCCUUAUGGAGAAUCAUGUAAAGGUAGCCAAAUACUUCAGUCGAAGAGGGGUCUCUUUGAUUUUCCUGUUCAGAAGAAACUUGCUUCGUCGUUUGGUUUCGCAACUCGCAAACGAUCAUGAUCGCAACACUAAGCAAUUAAAUGGGACUCAUAAAGCUCAUGUCCAUUCAACAAACGAGGCCAACAUACUAGCGAGAUACAAGCCCAGGAUCAACACCUCAGAAUUGAUUUCAACUCUCAGGCACACACACAAGUUCAUCACCGAUGCCAUGGGGCACUUCAGGAACACCCGGCACAUUGUUCUGUACUACGAGGACCUUGUCCAGAAUCGAACUAAGCUGAUGGAUGUCCUGGAGUUCCUCAGAGUCCCUCCAAGGAAGCUGGUUAGUCGACAUGUAAAGAUUCACACAAGACCACUGCCCAAGUUGGUCGAGAACUGGGAUGAUGUUUACAGAUCUCUUGAAGGAACGGAGUAUAGGAGCUUCUUGAAUGCCAAUUACGAUUUAUAGAUUGUUCUUCA